CACAACUCGUGCUUGAGGUCGUGGUUAGAACAGGACACCAGUUGUCCCACUUGUCGCACAUCACUCAAGAACCGCAAUGAAGACGAGGACGAGAGUCCGGAUCGCAUCACAGGUGAGAGGACUGCGCGCGACAACCGAGUGGUGGGCGCCGGCGGCCGAACCAAUCACUUCUUCCACUUCGACGGCUCCCGGUAUGCGAGUUGGUUGCCAACCGUGUCCGUCGAAGUGACGCGUCCGCACCUCAUCACCAUUGGUGUGGCGCAGACACAGACACCCCAACAGGACUCCAAUGAGCCCAUAGUUAGCGCUCGAAACGCUCUCCAAAGCACUCACAUCGAGAACAUGAGUCGACAAGUGCUCGAGUUUUUCCCACACAUUCCCAUCGCUAUAAUCGCCGAUGACUUACGAAUUACGCGAUCCGUCGAACUCACCGUUGAAAACAUUUUAGACGCAAGAGUCGCUGUUCCCGUCCAAAGCACUUCCAGUCCUCCUGGAGAGCGGCUUUAUAGUGAGACUAAUAGACGUGUGGGGAAAGUGAUCCAAAAGCUGGUGUUCGGCGAACUCCGAGUCUCAGAGCAGCAGCACAUGAAAGACCGCUUCUGGAACUUCGUCUUCUAUAAAUUCAUAUUCAUUUUUGGUGUCAUGAAUGUCCAAUACAUGGAUGAAGUAGUUCUCUGGUGCAGUUGGUUCUCGAUUCUCGGAUUUCUCUCACUAUUGGCACAAUUAUGUAAAGACCGCUUCGAGUACCUGUCCUUUUCGCCAAUGACUCCCAAAUGGACGCACUUUCGACUCAUCGUCCUAUUGAUGGCGAUUCUCACCACUUCUGUGUCCCUCUUUGUGGUCUGUGUUUUGGUGGGAAUACACGCCGGCAUUAAUACUUUCGCAUUCAUGACCGCCGAGUGCUCUCUGGUUGCCGUGAGGACACUGUUUGUGAUCGUCCGCUACUCCAUCCACUUAUGGGAUCUUAACUAUGAGGGCGUUUGGGAGAACAGGGCUUCGAUGGCCUACUACACGGAACUGGUGUUCGAGUUGUCCACUCUCACCAUCGACUUCUGCCAUCACUUGCAUAUGUUGUUCUGGGGGAACAUUAUCUUAUCGAUGGCAUCGCUGGUCAUUCUCAUGCAACUCCGGUACCUGUUCUACGAAAUCAAUCGACGCAUUCGUAAACACAAGAAUUAUUUACAAGUGGUCCGUCUGAUGGAAUCCAACUUUCCGAUGGCGACCAGCGAUGAGUUGGAGAAGAACAGCGACGACUGCGCUAUUUGUUGGGAUCGCAUGGAAUCGGCCCGAAAGCUGCCGUGCGGUCACCUCUUCCACAACUCGUGCUUGAGGUCGUGGUUAGAACAGGACACCAGUUGUCCCACUUGUCGCACAUCACUCAAGAACCGCAAUGAAGACGAGGACGAGAGUCCGGAUCGCAUCACAGGUGAGAGGACUGCGCGCGACAACCGAGUGGUGGGCGCCGGCGGCCGAACCAAUCACUUCUUCCACUUCGACGGCUCCCGGUAUGCGAGUUGGUUGCCAACCGUGUCCGUCGAAGUGACGCGUCCGCACCUCAUCACCAUUGGUGUGGCGCAGACACAGACACCCCAACAGGACUCCAAUGAGCCCAUAGUUAGCGCCCGAAACGCUCUCCAAAGCACUCACAUCGAGAACAUGAGUCGACAAGUGCUCGAGUUUUUCCCACACAUUCCCAUCGCUAUAAUCGUCGAUGACUUACGAAUUACGCGAUCCGUCGAACUCACCGUUGAAAACAUUUUAGACGCAAGAGUCGCUGUUCCCGUCCAAAGCACUUCCAGAACUCAAUCAGAGUCUACUUCUACUUCUUCAUCGUCUUCUUCAACGACUUGUUCGAUGUCUUCCUCGACUUCUGUCAACUCAAACCAAAACCCAUUAGUCUUUCCAAGCGAUCCGAAGGGAGAGACGGGAGAUCAGCAACGGAUACACAGCUCUGAACACGAGUCAAGUGAUGAGGAGCUGAGUUCGAGCGACUCGUCAAAAGGUGCCAAAGCUAUCAUUGGCCACAGAUUCUCGAAAUCAUCACAAGAAAGGGAACUAAUGCUCUCAAGACGUAUCGCCAGAACCAGAAAGCCUUCACUACAAGCCCUCCAGCCUUUAGAAACACUUCGAAAUCUUGCUGACAACCACUUCCCCAUACAGAACCUGCCGUACGGUAUCUUUUCCACCAAAAACAAUGCCUGGAGUGAGACCAGAGCUAAACUCAUACAUCUCUUAGGGAAAGACACUUCUGUAUUGCGAGACGACCAUAAACUCAGGGAAAAGGCAUUUGUAUUGCAAAGGGAUGCCUCCAUGCACCUCCCGGCCCGCAUCGGCGACUACACCGACUUUUACUCGUCUAUAGAGCACGCGACUAAUGUGGGCGCUAUGUUCCGCAGUGUAGACAAUCCACUGCUGCCCAACUGGAAGUAUCUUCCGGUCGCAUAUCACGGCCGCUCCUCUUCGGUAGUGGUUUCCGGUACUCCUAUCCGUCGGCCUAACGGUCAGACCCGACCCGACGACACACAACCGCCUAAAUUCGGUGCCUCUAAGGCCAUGGAUUUUGAGUUAGAGAUGGCUUUCUUUAUAGGCGGGCCCUCUAAUGCAUUGGGAGAACACAUUCCCAUCGACAAGACUGAGGACCGCAUAUUUGGAGUUGUUUUGAUGAACGACUGGAGCGCCAGGGAUAUCCAGAGGUGGGAAUACGUGCCUUUAGGACCAUUUCUGGCCAAAAAUUUAGGAACAACUAUCAGCCCAUGGAUUGUAACUAUGGAAGCACUGGAACCCUUCAAAGUUGCCAAUACAGCACAGAAUCCAAAACCUUUCGAUUACUUAUACCAUUCAAAUCCAUACAAUUUCAACAUCUCUCUCAACGUUUCAAUCAAACCGGAAGGAAAGGCUGAGACAACUGUUUGUAAAUCCAAUUACUCUCAUAUGUAUUGGACAAUCAAACAACAGUUGGCCCACCACUCCAUAACUGGUUGUAAUAUAAGAGCGGGUGACUUAUUGGGCACCGGGACCAUUAGCGGCCCCACUCCAGAUUCGUUUGGGUCAUUACUGGAGUUGUCGUGGAAUAGGACUAAAGCCAUACCUCUAAAGGACGGCUCAACCCGUACUUAUCUAGAAGAUGGUGACGAAGUAAUAUUGUCUGGUUAUUGUCAGGGGAACUCAUAUAAAGUAGGCUUUGGCUCCUGCGCUGGAAAAUUACUCCCCGCUCUUAAUCUCUAAUUUCUAACCAAUUAUUUGAUUGACAUUUUAUAACAAAUUUUUGACAAUUUUUACUUGCUUACUGUAUACACGU